AUGAAGCCAUGGAUGUGCGCCCUAUGUGCCCUCUCCCUGGCACUGGCUGCUGACGACGAAGCGUCGCAGCUUGCCGCGUCUGUGUCGCGUGGCGACACUGAGGCAGUUCUGCAGCUGCUGAUCGACGAGUGGCCGGAAACAGGUUUUACCAGUUCUGGAGAGACCUUCUUGCAUGUGGCGGCCCAAUACGGCCGUGUGGACUGCUUGCGGCUGCUGCUGCAGCACUGGCCUGCAGGGCUCCAGGCCAGGAACGCAUCCGGCGCCACGUUGCUGCAUGUUUCGGCCUCCUACGGCCACGCGGCAUGCCUGGAGCUAGUGCUAGACCGCUGGCCGGAAGGCGUCACGCUCGUUGACGGCACGGGCGUCAACUGCUUCCAUCUUGCCGCAGCUGGUGGGUCUGUGGAAGUGCUGCAACUUCUUGUGGAGCGCUGGGCUGCAGGGAUUAGGUUGACCACCAAGGUUGAUGGUGUUGUGCCGCUUCAGAUCUCAGCCUAUUUCGGCCAUGUAGAAGCCGUGCGACUGCUGCUGCUGCACUGGCCAGAAGGCAACUACGCACAUGACGCGCUUUAUGGAUCGGGAUCGUAUCCCGUGCAUGCUGCAGCUUUUGCUGGCCACAUGCCCGUUUUGCAGCUUCUGUUGGAGCACUGGCCAGAAGGCACCGCUGUCAGAACUGCAUACGGCUAUGGCUUCACACCCCUGCAAAUGGCAGCCUACGUGGGCCAUUUCGAAGUGGCCCACGCGUUGCUUUACUCGUGGUCGGGUAGCUAUGCCUCUGACGAUCGCCUGGACUGCAAGUUCGAACUGGAGUCCUGGCUGGACUGCGGUGGUGAUGCUGGAGUUCGGGACGAGUUUGGAGCUUUGCUGGUGGAUCUGCUUGAGGACGACGAGGCGGUGGAGCUCAUGAGGAGCAGACUGAGGGAAACUGCCAGCCAGCAAGACUGGCGGUUGUGGGCGACUCCCGCUUGCUCGAUCCUCGUGGCAGUUGCUGCUGUCCUCUUGGAGCAGCUCCUGGCGCAAUUCUGGCGAAACAGGCGGCCUCGAGCCGCUCAUGCGCAGGACCCUUUCAUGGAAGGCGCCAAGCAGCUGGUGCGAAGAGCCUUCGUGAGAUGUUUGGCGGUCAAGAGGCUCUGGCGCUUUAUUGAAGUCUGGAGUGCAUGCAACUGGUUUGGCACGGCGACUAUAACCAUGAACCCGAUGUGGUGGUUGCCGCUAGUGGCGCUGCUUUAUUGUGUUCCGGCGGCGAUCAUCCACGGACCACAGAAAGUGUUCCGUCGCCCAGUGCUGGCGAUCGCCACCACAAGUUUGGCAUCCCAGCUGGCCGCUGUGGCCCGGCAUCUGACACUACUGUUGGUGUUUGCUGGCACCCAUCAUUAUUUUUCUGAAACUGGCAGCACCGCGCGAGCUGUUUCGUCCUGGGGCUGGGCCCCAGCUAGUUGGUACCCGUGGAUUACAAACCCACUCUAUGACAUCUGGUAUCUCGAAAGGACCCAGGGUUCGUGGACACACAUCAACAAGAGCUUGCAGUCCGAUUGGCUGCUUCACUGGGCCGGUCCUGUCACGACACUUGAGAUUUGGGUAAACGUAUACCGAGGCGUAACGAAUUUUGUUUCUUUUUGGACUUACCCCGCUUAUUUGCUCAUCAUCAUCCUUUGGCAGCUUUUGGCUGCCUCGCGCCUGCGCUGUCUGCGCCGUUGCACAGGCUUGGUUUGCGCAACCGGGCCCAAUGAAGCUCGUGAUCAGGAAUCCUUGGAGAGAGCAGCGCUGGAUCUUCUCCAGAAGCAAUCGGCAGAGUUCUGCGAGGUGGACGCAAAGAUCAGGCCGAUACGUGGUUUCGGGUGUCCUUGGCGGGACUUUGGGCUCUACCAGAGCAUGGUAUUGAUGUUUACCGACGUAGGCCUGGAUGUCGCCACCGUGGUUGCCUUCCUUCGGCAAGAGCAGUACAUCCUUGGCGCCAUCACAGCCUUCGUGGUGGCGCGAAGCGUUCUGAAGCAGAUGUACAUUGUGAAGCCGUGGUGCCUCUGGCAGGCAAUGCAGGACUGCGUCCGCCGAGGCAUCCUGCGCCAAGAUAUCUUGGACCUUCUCGAUGAAGAAGGACGCGAGGAAGCUCUUGUGUGCAGCUUGCUAACUGGCUACUCUUUGUUUCUGACGGUCACGACGGCCAGGCAGAUGCUGGUGCAAUUGCUCAGCUUCGUCUUCAGCGUCUACUCCUACACAAACUACGUGGUCCGCGCCUGCGAUCUGACCCUAGAACCUGGUCAGCCUGAUCAGCCGGGUCAUAUCAACCAGACGACAGCACCUUCAGCUGACAAAAUGGGUGCCGACCUCGCGGAGAUCCAUGCCCAGCUUGGGGACGCGCUGGAAGCAGAGGAAGACAUGACUUCGAUCUCGUUCUGA